AUGUUCGAAAAUCUCGCUAUAAAAGAAUACCGUCAGUUAGGUAGACCCAUCUAUUAUCUGGAUGAUACAUGGGUGAAUGCUGGUGAAACCACUUCGAAAACAUGGGUCGAUAAAACUGUCAAUUCACCACGGGACGCAUUUCUUAGAGGACUAACGACGGGACAAAAGGAACCGUCCGGUAAAGGAAAACGUCUCAUCGUGGUACACAUAGGUUCAUCUAACGGCUUUGUUGUUGGUGGACUAUUAUGUUUUGAAUCCAAAAAAAAUACAGGCGAUUACCACGAUGAGAUGAACGGUGAUGUCUUUUAUGACUGGUUCGCUAACAUUUUACCGCUACUUCGUGAGAAUGCAGUUAUAGUGAUGGACAACGCGUCGUAUCAUUCCGUGAAGAAGCACACGUUUCUGGUAAGAUCUUGGAAAAAACAAGACAUCAUUGAUUGGUUGGCAGAUAAAGGCAAGGUAACAGAUCAAACAAUGGUCAAGGAACAACUGUUGGAACGGGUGCAAAUUUUAAAACCACAGUUUAACGAAUAUGUAAUCGACGAAUUGGCGAAAUCUGCAGAUAAAACAGUGUUACGGCUACCCCCGUAUCACUGUGAAUUAAAUCCAAUAGAACUGGCAUGGGCAUCAGUGAAAAAUUACGUCAAAAUGAACAACAGCACUUUUAAAAUGAAUGACGUUAAGAAAUUAUUAGAAGGAGUCGAACGGGUUACGCCAGAUAUGUGGAAGAACUAUGUUGACCAUAUCAUUAAGGUAGAAGAAAAAUUCUGGCAGGUAGAUUAUAUAUCCAACGAAUUGUUAGAUGCUGAAGUUACAUCACACGUCCUUACAAUUACGGGUGACAAGAGUGAUUCAUUUUCCGACUCCGAUUCAAUGAAUGAUUAA